UCUCCUCCCCUCGAGACAUAAUGCCAAAAAAGAUAAUAUUAAACUAAGAGGGUUCUUUGUACACUGCUUGCACUGCGGAAUCACACAGUUUCGCUUUAUAUGCUACUAACCCCGUCUUUCUCACGGAUCUUAUUCAUAUAUAAACUGUCUUCUUCUGCGCUUUGGUGAUCGGAAUUCCGGAAUUUGAAUCGCUGGUGACUUUUUUGGUUGAGUCAUAACCGUAGAGGAAAUGGGUGAGGAAGCGAAGCAGGAGCAAGUCAAGGCAGAGGUGCCUCAGCCAGAGGAGAAGAAAGAAGAAAAAACGGAGGAGAAGCCGGCUGAAGAAGGGAAAGAAGAGCAGCCGCCAAAGCCACCAUCUCCUUUUGUGUUGUGUGUGGAUUUGCAUUGUGUGGGAUGUGCUAAGAAGAUUGAGAGGUCCAUCAUGAAGAUUAGAGGAGUGGAGGGUGUUGUGACAGAUAUGUCUCAAAAUCAAGUGACUAUAAAGGGAAUUGUGGAACCUCAGGCAGUAUGCACCAAAAUUAUGAAGAAGACCAAAAGAAAGGCCAAAGUUUUGUCUCCAUUGCCUGCAGCUGAGGGUGAUCCUAUGCCUGAAGUUGUCACUUCUCAGGUUAGUGAAUUAACAACUGUGGAACUCAAUGUUGAUAUGCACUGCCAGGCCUGUGCUGAUCAACUCAAGAAAAAGAUUCUAAAAAUGAAAGGAGUGCAAACUGCUGUGACUGAGUAUAGCACUGGGAAAGUGAUGGUGACAGGAACCAUGGAUGCAAACAAGCUUGUGGAUUAUCUAUACAGACGCACCGGAAAGCAAGUCCGCAUUGUACCACAACCUGAGCCUGAACCCGAGAAGGAGGAGGCCAAGAAACCAGAGAAACCGGAAGAGAAGAAAGAGGAAAAACCAUCCCAAGAAGCUAAAAAAGAAGAAGGUGAUCAGAAAGGCGAAGAGAAGAAAGAAGAAAAGGAAGGACGGAAGAAGGAAGGAGAAGAGAGCAUUAACAGUGAGGAGGAAGGUAUUAACAAGAUGAUUUACUAUUACCAGCCGCUUUACGUGAUCGAGCAAAUGCCGCCUGCACCGCAGCUCUUCAGCGACGAAAAUCCCAAUGCGUGUUGCAUCUCGUAGUUUUAUACAUAUGAUCAGGCCUUUUUCUGACGCUAGUCCACUAUCGGUAAUGAUAAUUUUAGAGAGAAAUUCGGUGGACGGUGCACGGUACCCUUGAAUAUAUAGAUGAAAUUAAAUCUGUAGAUCCGAGCUGAGUAAUAAUGGGAUCAUUUAGAUAUUAAUAUAUAUAUAGAGAAAAGUCCAAAACAAUAACAAUGUCCCGUGAAAUCAAAGAUUAGAUUAUUAUUCCCGGAAAGUCGUCAGAUCCACACUUAUUAUAAAUUGGCAGCAUCCCAUUCCAUUUCCUCAAACAAAAGGCAUCCAAGAAGUAGAAAGGAGGAGAUCAUGAUAGCAGUGUCGAUAAUGGCGGAGCUAUUGGGGGAGUAUUCGGUGGCGCUGGCCAGGGUCACGGAGAGGCUGCUGGCGCUGAGGCGGGCCGGCCUUUCUUUUAGGGGUUCCUCU